GUAUGUGUACGCAACAUACGGAACCAGCCGUACACCAUACGGGAGACAGGGGAGUUGUUGUGCUGCUAAAGAUAAUUGUUAAACAAACAACCCAAAUACCGAAGGUCAUGCGUUGCGAGGAGAAGGGCAUGUGUCUUUGGAAUGUUAAACAAUCCAGACUUAAUUUUAAUCUAAUUUGUGUGUAAUUAUGCCAGUAAUGAGUUUUACUGAAAAAACGGCUCUCACCCUUGACUCUCUCACCCGCUUUGCGCACACGAAAAAUUGCAUGAUGAAAGUGCAAUUUGAUCAUAAACAGCUUAGCGCGAAAAUACCCCACCGACUUCGGUUUGUUGGUAUGCGCAACAUCAUGUUGCUGUUGAAAUUCUUCAAAACCAACUCGUCAGCUCAUUUCAUUGCGUUACAUUGUUUUGCCGCGCCGUCAAAUCACGGUUCCGCUGCGUUUUGCGUUUUGUUUGCCCUCACAAUUAGUGAUCGAACUGGGUGUAUAAAAAAAAGGGGAAACAUACAUUGCAGGCAAUACUGACGGCGCCACGCGACAAUAUCACGGUGAGGAAUUUACCGAUUCUACCGAAUCGCAGGAGCUGGAGGAAGCGCUACACGCGUCGUCUAUCGAGGAAGUGCUGAAUCAGUGGGCCGAUCAGUAUGGGAGUACACCUCCACGGACACGUAUAAAGAACAAAAACCGAAGCAGCAAGCAAAGGAUGGAGGGAACGGUGAAAAUGCGCACGGGAGGCCGAUUGGCCAGACCGCGCACGGAUCGACGAAACACAGUCGAUUGUGCACUGUUGAAUCAAAUGAUCAUGGAACCGGCCAACAGUGAGGAGAAAGUUCGUAGCGAUAAACGUUCCACACAGCUGCUACGCGAAUCCGAACGUGACAUUAAGAUGUCGGCCACCGCGACCGCACUACCAAUGCGCUCAUCUGCCAACUAUGGCUCUCAGCUGCCAACAGCAGCAGUCGCUGUAGAAGAGCGUGCCGAAAGUCUACCCCUUACGAUGCCAGCUAACCUCGCGGGUACGGGAACCUUAAAUGGAGCAGCGUCCGCUGCACCUCCGACACUGAUUGAAUCGUGCAAUCGAUUCAUGAGCGUAACAUCUCGUCCGGUUGGGUGUCGCAUUUCCGCCCCACCGGUAGCAUAUCGUGAUAUCAUCUUUACCAAUCAAUCGGGCCCGUUUGAGGGUAUUGGAUCACGAACGGCCGAGAGUGUGAUACCUCAAAACAGAAUCAAUUUUCAUGCCACCUUUUCCGAUCUGAUAAAGCUGGGCAGUGUGGACAAGGAGCGGGCAGCCCGGUCGGGCAUUUUGUCCAAUGAAGAGAGACUCUGGCAGACGCACGUUAACGAUCUGAUAUGGCUUGAGCUGCAAGCAUGGCACGCGGAUCGUUCGAUCGAGCAGCAGGAUCGCUUGCUGUGCCAGGCCCGCCAGGAAAUUGGCGAUCUGUUGGAUGAAAUAAUGUGCUUUCGAUUUCAGCGCAAGCCGUCCAGCGUGAGGCGAACCGGAAGUGAAGUCAGUACCACAACGGACAGUGGUAUCGAGACAGCCACAACGAGUGGCAGCGGCGAAGAGAAUCGAUUCUGCUUCGGAUGUCUUUCGAUGUAUUGUAAGGACUGUCUCGAGGUGCAGACGGCUGCAAUGAAGCAGGUUGAAGAGUUGCUGUUGCGUCUCGAAUCGAAAGAGUGCCUGUUUCCAUCGUCACGAGCGAUGGGAAAUGCUUUUCCCGUGUACCAGAGCGAAGCAUUCGUAAAUCGCGUUAAAGCGAUGUGUUUGUGGUACAAUAUGACCCGCCAGCAUCGUAUGACGUUGCUGAUUUUGGGCAAAUUGCUGGCUCGAUUGCAGGGACCUUCUAAAAAAGAAUCGUCCAUCCACUGGCCAAUCAUGGAUCAGCACACAGAGGGUUCCACUUCUUCGUCCGUGCAGGAUGAAAGUGGAAGCAGUGCAGACAGUGGGGCACAUUACACUGGAAAUGGUGGAACAUCAGCGUCCACUGGAUCGUUAGCUGGUUCCGGCACGAGCAGCAAUUGCUCGAAGCGUGUACAGUUUGCGGACAAUGGAAGCUAUACCGGCGAUGGCAGUGCAUCAGAGAGCGUCAACAGUGAUGAAACGGACUUUUCCGAUUUGUCGCUAAAGCGUGAGCGAUCAUUUCCGGGCGACACAGAGUACGGACGGUAUAUGAAUAAUUUGAACUACUACAACGAACACACGCUUACCGAGCUGUCGGCUCAGACGGCAUCUAGUAUGGGAAAUGCCUUAUAUAGGAAAUACAUCGAAAACGUAUUGAAAUGUCGUGGUUUGGGAAAAUCACUAACGUUCCUGCACCGUUUACACAAUGUGGUUUUGCGGAAGGCACAGUUGACACUGGAAAAACCGGGACGCCAGCAAGAGGAUGAUUUUCUGUUCGAUGAGGAAGAUGUACCGUGUAUCGAACCUCCGCUUGAACGGGAGCAAGAGAUCGAACUGCGACGGUACGGUGCCUGGAGCGAGGAAGCGAAACAACUGAACCUACCGUCGUACGUGUCCGCCUUUCUGUUCCUUUCGUUAAUUCCACUGGAGGUAAUACAUGAGUUUCUGAAGAUGCGUCUAGAAACGCGCCCAAAGCAGCCAAAUCCACUCAGUCUAGAGCAACACAUAAAGGAGUUGAAAGAGGGUCUAACGCUGGCUAUGAUCCAUCGUGAACGGUUCCAGAAGCAUGUCAAUACAGUGCUAUCGGACCGAGAACAGGAACUUGAUAAGUACAUGCAUCAGAUGGAGCUGUUUGAUGAGACAGUGCGAAAUAUUUUUGAGCUAUACCUGGAGCUGUGUGAGCAGUGGAUAUUGGAUACCGUGCCGGAAGGCCACCAAAAAGCCGUGCUGGACGAAGAGUGGCGAUUUACGAAGCUCAUCAGCCCAAUGAUACCACGGCAGCAUGGACCAGCAGCGAAACGAUUUUGCAGCAUCGUUGAACGAGUACUGGAGCGAACGGGUAGCGAGAUGAUGCGACAGCUAAAGGAACUGAUGGAAAAGAGUCAGCUGAUUGAUACGACAGCAGAUAAAAAGUGGCAGUUUUUUGCUCUGUGUCGUGAAACGCAGCGCAUGUUUACAUCGUCACGGGAAAAAGCACUCAAAACGAUGGCAUUUGCGAAAACACUGUUCCGUGACCUGGAGCACGCUGACUUCCAUCGUGACCAUUGCGAGGAGGAUUCCGAGAACGAAAUGUUAAACGAUGAUGAUGAUCUCGAGCUCAUAGGUGUAGUGUUGCGCAGUGGUAGCAUGCGGCGUAGAUGUCCUGCCAAUGCUAAGAGUAACAACAGCAGUCCUGUCUGCUCGGAAGUGGUGGAAAGUUUGCAAAUGUUAAAACGAAACGCAUUGCUUCUGCGCAAUAAGCUAGCGGCCGUGAUAGAAGAACUGCAGCUAUUAUGUUCCGAUGAAACGUUGGAGGAAUUCGACGAAACGGAUCGCAUCGGUGCGCUAACGCGUGUGCGUGAGAUAUUGCAUCAGGGGUACAAGUUUGGGUUCGAGUACCACAAGGAUGUGGCCCGAUUGUACGAGACCAAGUUGAACAACUGCCGAGACGCCGAGUCCGAGCUGAUGCUCGCCAAAGCGAUCAUUCAGUUUGCGAAGCUGUGGAUGAAUUUCGUAAUGGAACGGUGCGAGCGGGGACGUGGUUUGCGACCCCGAUGGGCCAACCAAGGGUUGGAGUUUCUGAUUGCAGCUUGUGAUCCCCAGUGUACGAGUCAUUUAACCGAUACCGAGUUUGAAGAUUUGAAGCUGAAGAUGGAUGCUUGUAUUUCACAUGUGAUUGGAAACAUUCGUGAACCGGAACGUAUUCGUAAGUCUCCCCGGUCACGGAAAUCUUCGCCUUCUCCGUCGGCAGCAGCAGUUGUUGCUGCAGGCACCGCUGCAGCCGGUGCGGUAACAACGGGCCGUGCUUCGAUACCGAUGAUCAAUCUACCUAGCAAGAGUUUCCACAACCAGCUCAGCCUGCGCGAGGAUGGUGUGAUGCUGCGUGCCAACAGUCCAAUUGAAGCGGCCGAUAUGUUCCGCAAGCAGACCUCUUGCGACGGUGUGAACGAGGUAAAAAUACGCGUUCCAUCUACUCCAAACGCAGCGGCAAUGUUGGGAGGCGAAAUGUGUGUGCACGGUACACGUCCGCUAAGGCAACUUCGAAUACGUGACGCAGUGAAUAAGCUGGACAGUGAGCUAGAUGAGUGGCUACGGGAACGAAAUCUUAUCGGCAACGUAAAGGAAAUAAGUUACUACAGUAGAGCGCUGAACCGAGCGCGCAGUGUAAAUUUCAGCUGGCACCGUGGCAUUAAGAUCGGUCAGGGACGAUUCGGGAAGGUGUACACGGCAGUAAACAAUUCGACCGGUGAACUGAUGGCGAUGAAGGAGAUUGCUAUACAACCGGGCGAGACGGCCGCCAUACGGAAGGUAGCGGAAGAGUUGAAAAUUUUCGAAGGCAUCAGCCACCAGCACCUGGUGAAGUAUUACGGAGUAGAAGUGCAUAGGGAGGAACUGAUCAUUUUCAUGGAGCUAUGUCCGGAAGGUACUUUAGAGAGUUUGGUUGAGUUGAACGGUGGUUUGCCAGAAGCGCAUGCUCGUCGUUACACACACCAGCUCCUAUCAGCUGUGGCCGAACUGCAUCGGAACGGAGUGGUGCAUCGGGACAUCAAGACAGCGAACAUAUUUCUACAUAAAGAUGGUAAUUAUUUAAAGCUGGGAGAUUUUGGAUCUGCCGUGAAGAUCCAGGCACACACCACUAUGGCUGGUGAGCUAAAAGGUUACGUUGGAACGCAGGCAUACAUGGCACCGGAAGUAUUCACCCGCAACAAUACGGAGGGUCAUGGAAGAGCAGCAGACAUUUGGUCCAUAGGUUGUGUCGUGGUGGAAAUGUCUUCAGGACGACGACCAUGGCAUCAGUUUGAUUCCAACUUUCAAAUCAUGUUCAAAGUGGGCAUGGGCGAAUCACCCGAAAUUCCAGACAAUCUGUCCGAAGAGGGUAAAGAUUUCGUCGGCAUCUGUUUGCAGCAUGAUCCGAAAGACCGACAAAAGGCAGAUGAAUUGUUGCAACACAUAUUUUGUAAGUUUACAUUCUACGAUUCGGAAGCAAUUGACAAGAAGCUACGUGGGACAUUCCGGCGUAAUUUAAAAUCUAGCUCUUCCUAGACUUUUGACGAAGUACUUUUUGAAGUAAAAGUACGAAGUACUUUUUGUGUCUUGUCUACUUCUAAAUUUACUUACGAUGGACGAGUUUUACGAUACAGAACACACAUGUAGUACGAUACUGAAAUUAAUUUAACAAAAAAGGAAAAUAUUAUUGGCCAGUGCUUAAUAUCUAUUUGUGGGUGUGUGUGUGACUGGUAGUUAUAAUGUUCGCAUAAUACUAUAAGUAUUAUUGUUACGAUUAUUUUACUCUUUAUUUAAUAAGCUUAAACCACAAAACACUGCGCUAUGCGUAAGAAGGAGUAAGUGUGACAUCAUUACUACUAUCUAUUUUUACUGUAUAGACUGUACCACCUCCUACUUUCUUUCGUUCAGGUAGAAAUAUUAGUAAAAGUAUGACUAUCGAUGAUCAAACGCCAGUAGUGAAUAUGAACGGGUAUUUAAUGUAAGACACUACGUUUAGCUUUAAACAAGUCACUUUCAAAUACAUGUGUUAUUGUGUAUAGAAA